AUGGAAGAAAUUCAGCUAGGGACAACGAUCACUGCUAUCAAAUUUGCGGAAGGUGUAAUUAUUGCAGCUGACUCUCGCACAACAAUAGGCCAAAUGAUUGUAAAUAGAGUAUCAGAUAAACUUACAAAGCUAUAUGACAAAAUUUGGUGCUGCCGUUCAGGCUCAGCAGCAGGCAAAGACAACACACAAGCCAUUGCUGACGUUUUGCGUUAUUACUUAUCUCUUUAUACAAUCCAAAAUAAUCAAGUACCCAGUGUCCAAAUAGCAGCAAACCUUGCAUCAGAAAUUUGCUACCAAAAUAAAAAUUUCCUUUCAGCAGGCCUUAUUAUUGCAGGCUAUGAUCAGAAAAAAGGAGGAGAAGUGUAUUCAAUCCCACUAGGAGGCAGCAUUCAUCAACAAAAUAUUGCUAUUGGUGGAUCAGGAUCUAGUUAUAUAUAUGGAUUCUGCGACAAAAACUUUACUCCCAAUAUGUCCAAAGAAGAGGGGAUUAAAUUUCUUAAAGAAGCUGUAUCUCUUGCUAUAAAAAGAGAUGGAAGCAGCGGAGGAGUCAUUCGAAUGGUGGUUAUUACAAAAGAUAACAUCGAACGUCUUUUCUUUUCUCAAGAAGACAAUACAAUACCAAAUCUUUAA